AUGUCCACCACAGCGACCUCUCUGGUCCCGACACCAGCAAGGUCCGCCUUCAACAAUGCGCUAGCCACAACCAAUAAUGCAGUCACCGCCGCGUCGAAAGCGCUGCCCACACCAAUGCAGACAGCACCAUCGACACCCACAACACAGCCAGCCGAAGCACGACCAUCACCCGGCACAUUCAGACACCCUCGCCUAGCGGAAAUCGUACGAAGACAGAACCAGACACUUCUCACACAAAGCAACGUCAGAUCAGCCGCCAUCAACGUCGCUGCCCUAGUCCUCUCAAUCGCCUUCAGAAGCAUACUGAGCACUAUAAUAACAACCCUCCUUAAACUCACCCCUCUCUCCGCCCCAACAGCCCGGGACACCGCCGCCACAAUACUCCUGACCCUCCGCAUCCUCUUCUUCAUCAACAUUCUCCUUUCCCUCCGCCAAUCGAUCCCCUACAUCUCCAAAACCGACACCAUAGACGACAUCCCACUCACGCCCUCCCAACGCGCCCUCCUGGGCCUUCCCGCCUCCGCCUCCGGGUCACCCGCUGUAUCACGAUCCGGCUCGCCUCUCGCGCCCCCGUCACCAGGCUUCUCGCCAAGUCCGACAACGGCACAAACACAACCAAAAGCGAGCGCCCCAUACUCGUACUCGCCUGCUGGGGAUCGGGGCAGUCCCUUGUUCCACAAGGCGAUUGAGCGGCAGCAGCGACGGCAGAGCCAAAGUGACUUCGACGUCUCGGGGCUUGGAAGAAGCUCAUUUGGAGAUAGCAGUGGUAGUGGUGGGCUGGGGAGGAGCCAGAGCGUCAAGGGCGGACCAGCGGCGGCGGCGAAGAAGGGUGUAAAUUUCAAGUGGCUGUAUGAUCAGGAGUACAAUCUUGCCGGCGGAGGCUUCAAGCGAAGCACUAUCGGCGCCGUUGGCAGCGGCAGAGGAUUGAGUUCGAGUCAGAGCAUGCAUUUCUAG